AUGCCAAAGAUCAAGCCGGGGACGAGCGGCCGCCGCCGCGAUCGACUUAAACAGAGCCGAGAGCUGAAGAGCGCCGGAGGACUCAUGUUCAACACGGGGAUUGGGCAACAUAUUUUGAAAAAUCCUCUCAUUGUUAACAGUGUUAUCGAUAAGGCUGCCUUAAGACCAACUGAUGUGGUGCUGGAAGUUGGACCUGGAACUGGCAAUAUGACUGUAAAGUUGCUAGAAAAGGCAAAAAAGGUAAUUGCCUGUGAACUUGACCCAAGACUAGUAGCUGAACUUCACAAAAGAGUUCAGGGCACGCCUCUGGCCAGCAAACUUCAAGUACUGGUGGGUGAUGUGUUGAAAACAGAUUUGCCAUUCUUUGAUGCCUGUGUGGCAAAUUUGCCAUAUCAGAUCUCUUCCCCCUUUGUCUUCAAGCUGUUGCUGCACCGACCUUUUUUCAGAUGUGCUGUACUUAUGUUUCAAAGAGAAUUUGCUCUCCGACUAGUUGCAAAGCCUGGAGAUAAAUUAUACUGCAGACUGUCAAUCAAUACACAGCUGUUAGCACGUGUGGACCAUCUGAUGAAAGUUGGAAAGAACAAUUUCAGGCCACCACCAAAGGUGGAAUCCAGUGUCGUAAGAAUAGAACCCAAGAAUCCACCACCACCUAUCAAUUUUCAGGAAUGGGAUGGCCUAGUAAGGAUCACCUUUGUUAGGAAGAACAAGACACUGUCUGCGGCAUUUAAGUCAAGUGCAGUGCAACAGCUUUUGGAAAAAAACUACAGAAUUCACUGUUCGGUCCAUAAUAUUAUAAUACCAGAAGAUUUCAGCAUAGCAGAUAAAAUACAGCAAAUCCUAACCAGCACAGGUUUUAGUGACAAGCGGGCCCGUUCCAUGGACAUAGAUGACUUUAUCAGAUUGCUACAUGGAUUCAACGCAGAAGGUAUACAUUUUUCUUAGGUAUCUGGAAAAGAGAAUUUUCAAGCCCAAGAAAAAGAAACCGCAAUCAUACAUUUCUAACAGAGAAGAUAAACUAUGCUUUUGCUCCACUGGAACACUAUGUGCUUGACUAGUUUUGAUUUAAUACUACCACUGUCACCAUUUAUUACUCUGAAGUUUUAUGGUAGUAAGUCAAUUCUAAGUACCCAAGUUUUUUUUUGGUUUUUUUUUUUUUUUUUUGGUUUUGGUGUUUUUAAUAUUUAACAUAGGGCAGGGUCCAGUCUCUACACGGUAAUCUUUCAGAGCCGCAGGCACGCACAACUUUACACUUAAACUUAUUUCUAACAGUUUAUUGUAUAAAGAUGUUACUCUUCUAUUUUCUAUGUUAUAUAUUACCAUGAGGGCCUCUGUAGGCCUUUGUCCCUCAAACAGUCAGACAGUUAAAAUAUGCUUAACUCAAGUUACAUAUUCCCCGUACGGUUUCUUUUUAUUCAUGUGCACAAUAAAACACUUGUUUCUUAUUUUGCUUCUCUCAUUUUUUCUGUUCAUCUUAUACACCUUCUAUCUCUGCCCACACCUUUAAGCUGUCCUGUAGCAUCAUAAGCUACUUCACAGUUCUGGAUAAGCAUGAGUCUGCUACUGCCACCGUGUGGUGGUGCCGGGCACAUUACUCCUAGGCAUGAUUUCGUCAACUGUGAUAACAGGACGCUCAACUAGGAUGAAAUCAACUAUAAGAUAGUAUGGUUUUUUUCUUGGGGAAAGCCACUGGUUUAACGAAAUUCUAAAGGGUUUUGUAAAUCAAAACUGGCUAUGAGGUUAAAAUUCCGCCCUUCAACUUACUUAAAACAAAAAAAAUCUUAACCAGCCAUUUUCCCAGAACUAGAGGCUCCCAGUAUUCACAUGACUUAUGGAAAAUUAAAAGUUCCAGUACCUUUUCACAUACUGUUCUAGGCUAUUUUUUAAAUGUUUUUAAGUUUUAAAAUGUCAGGUUGAGAAUUUUAAUAAAUACCAUAAACAAGUCUUAAUUAGCAACUAUGUUUAAAUCAUUAUUAAUGUCCUGUAAUAAUUACAGUAGCUGAUAAUUUAUAUGAGGAAAUUAACAAAAAUAUCUUAAUAAUUGGCUUUUUAAAAACCUAACUUAAUAGAAAGAUUGCUUCCAAAUUAUUUUAACAAAGGUACACUGAGUAAACCUAGAAGGGAAGUUGUUUGCCUCAACAGAUUUUUUUGGAAAUCUGGAUUCAGAGUGAUAUAGUAAAACAUUCCUAUAUAAAUACUUUUUAAUAGGAAUAUCAGCUUUCAAGAAGUCUGAGAAAGUCAAGAAUGUUUAAUCCAGAUCCAAAAAAAUUUUCUUUAAAUAAUACUGCAUCAAGCCACUUUUGUUACAUAAAUAUUAAAUAUACCUCAAGAGCAGGCUUUUUUUAUUAUCACAAAACUACUUACUUUGCAAAAUUCAUUUGUACCAUCUCUAUAGGAAAAUUUUAAGAAUUAAUUCAGCUUUCCCUCUUAUUCCCUCUUCCCUCAUGAACUGACUUUUAGUCCCUUUUCUGACCUUCAGUUUUCCCUAUCUGUAAAACUGAAGGAUUGGAUUAUAACCACCAACAUCUUUUCUGGUAUCAAUUUUCUAUAGACCUUGAUCACUUAUCAGAAUGAAGCCAUUAUAGUAUAAGGCAACAUAUUUGAACAUAAGGAGACCUUCCAGAGAUAGUACCCAUCUUACUUAAUAAAUUAAGAUGAAUCUGCUGUGCUUUAAAAUGAGCAAGUUCACAUCUCCAUUGUCCUCUGAAGGUUGGUUAGCCUCAAAAACUACCUUUUUAAGCAGCUGCUGCAAAGUCCACAGUAACUGCUCCAUUCUUUCUCUUCUCUUUGAAAUAAACACAAAUAGAACGUUAUCUUACAACUGCAAGAAAACCUGAGUCCCUUCCAAAACAAAGGUGAUUGUUCUGAAGUAAAUUAUCUCUAAAACUCAUUCCAUAGAUAUCAUUUAUUAAUAAGCACAUUGUGAAAAUCUACAUUUGUUCUAGAUUUCAAGUUUACAGAGGAGCAUUUCACCAUGGUGUAGGAUUUCCCACAACUACUCUCUGGUUUCUAUGAACAAUGAAGUAGGGAAUCUGGCUCAUGUGACUCUCUAUUCAUAGCUUCCCUUUGGCCCAAAUGAAUGAGCAUUAGUUCCUUAGAGUAAAUCAAAACAAGACAUCCUUGGGAGACUUUUUGUUGUUAAUCUACUCCUGGACUCUAUCCUAGGAACUAAGGGAAAACUCCUAGAGAGAUAUAUAAAUCUUUUAACAAAAUAUUUACAUGAAAAGUGGCCAGUUUUCUUCCUUGGAGUAGCAAUCUGUAAA